UUUUCUCCGCCAUACACAUGUUCCUAUCUCCAUCCAUCUCUCUCCCAAUCUCUCUCUCACACACAUAAGAGUAUGAUGUAGCUACAACUCUCCCCCCACAGCUCAAACACCCAGAGAGAAAUCUCUCCCCAAUAUCAAACAAAACACAAUGGGCAGAUCAUCCUCAAGAAACCACCACAAAAUCCCCAGAUCCCAAACCCUCCCUUCCUCCCCCACGCACUCCUCCUCCUCCUCCGACUUCGAAUUCACCGUCUCCAUCUCCCCCCGCAAAUCCACCACCAAUCUCAUCCCCGCCGACCAGCUCUUCUACAAAGGCCAGCUCCUCCCUCUCCAUCUCUCUCCCCGUCUCUCUAUGGUCCGCACUCUCCUCCUCGCAUCCUCCUCCACCUCCUCUUCCGACACCACCACCACCGCCUCCCGCCACUCCACCGCCAGCUCCUCCUCCGACUUCCCCGACUCCCGCGACUCCUCCCGCCGCCCCAGCUCCGUCACCGACGACGACACUUCCAACUCACAACCCCUCACGCGCCUCCUCAACACCUCCCCAACCUCCGCCAAAAAACCCAAAUAUUUCUCCCUCUCCAGAUUCUCUUCCGUGUUCCGCAAGGAACCCAAGCUCCCAUCCUCCACCACCACCACCAUCACUUACGACACCAUCGCCAACACCUCCUCUCAAAACUCCGUCAAGCGCGUGAGCUCCACCGCCAAAGACGUGAUCCGCAAGUACCUAAAGAAAGUCAAGCCCCUCUACGAGAAGCUCUCUCAAAAACAAGGAGCCUCCACUAAACCACCAACAGCCUCAUCAGGAUCCGUCUCUGAACACAACUCGCGAUUAAAAGAUAAAUCAGCGAACACGAUAUCUCAUUCAUUUUCAGGGAAUCUCCGGUACCCGAGACGCCGAAGCUGCGUCGCGAGCUGCCCCUCUUCAAUGCGGAGCUCCCCGAAUCACUCCGGCGUGCUUUCCAGAACCGGUGCCACACUCAUGAGCAAGCAGUUUAAUGGUGCUGCUACGACGUCGUACAGCUCGGAGGCUUCAUCAAUGGAGGAAUUACAUAGCGCGAUUCAAGGUGCGAUAGCGCAUUGCAAGAACUCGAUGAACUUCUCGAAUAAUAAUAACGGUUGUAGCACUAGUGGUAGUUCGAGUGCAACUCUAGUGCAGGUUUAAGUUGAUGAUUAUGAAUAAGUGGAGUAGGAGGAAGGUUUAAGUGGGAAGGAGGAUUGCAUGUGAAGUUAUUGUGGAGUUUAGUGGUUUGGAAUUUUGUGGCUUGUAUCAUGCAGAACCUCAUGUAUUGAAACUAUAACUCUGUCUAAUGUGAACUGACUGGUUCGUUUUGGAAUCUCGAAAUUUCA